AUAAAUAAUAUGCGGCAUGCUCCAUGCUACCUACGUAGACUAGAUGAAUGCGUGUGUGUGUGCGUGUGUGUGUGCGUGUGUGUGCAUAGUUGUGUCCAACUCGAUUGUUGUGCAUGCUUCUUUGGAUCCCAACACGAUCAACACGUGGCGCAACAUUCACUCUGUUUGCUGUGUGCUGCACCCCCUCCUCCUCUUUAACACAAGUCCAUGGUCAAUAAGGCUCAACCCUAACGCCUUUUUAUUUCUUAAAAAUAAAAAAGCAAGGAUUAUUAUUAUAGAGAUAGAGACAUUCCUCGCUCUUGUGCUAACUUUAUUACAACAACAGCAACAACAACAAUAACACGGAU